CAGACAGAAGCCUCCAAGGCCAAAUGGAGCAAUGUGUUUAUUUGAAGAAAAAAUAUUGAUGCUUUUUGAUUAAAGCAAAAUUUGAUGAAUUCAGAGCUGAGCAAUCAAAGAGUGAAAGACUAAAACAGUGAAAGGGCAAGGAAUAUAUCGUGCAGUUCGAAUUUACUCGAAACGUACUAAAUAUCCUGAAGAACAAAUGGUACAUCCUUAAACGCACUAUAGAGCAAUGGAGGAAUUUUGCAAAAGCUUACCUAAAGUUGAAUUGCAUGCACAUAUCAAUGGCUCAGUUAGUGAGGUUACAAUCCAGAAAUUACUGGCGAAGAAAAGGAAUUUUGACCAAAGUUUCAGCUUUAAGAAAGGAAGCACUGCCACUCUGAAGGAGUGCUUUGAAAAAUUCCGCCUCAUCCACCAACUCACAGACAAUGCUAAAUCUGUUUACCAGGUUACAUAUGAUGUUAUUCAUGAAUUCCAUGAAGAUAAUGUAAAGUACCUGGAACUUCGGAGCACCCCAAGAGCAGUUCAGGAUACUGGCAUGUCAAAAGAGAGUUAUGUAGAAUCUGUGUUACGUGCAAUACGAGACUGCAAAGAUUUAGACAUCAAGGUGAGACUUCUCCUUGCGAUUGAUCGCCGGAAUGGAGUACAAGUUGGAUGGGAGACGCUGAAACUUGCUCAGAAAUUCCAAGAAUCACACAGGGAUCUCAUUGCAGGAAUCGACCUCAGUGGUGACCCAAAUGUUGGUGAUGCGAGAGACUACCUCCCCAUUUUUAGAGAAGCGAAGAAGUCGGGUCUCAAGCUAGCUUUACAUCUUUGUGAGGUUCCCGCCCCAGAGGAAACAAUGGAUAUGCUAAACCUGCCCCCUGACAGGAUUGGACAUGGUACCUGUCUUCAUCGGGAGGCAGGGGGAAACCAGGAAUUUGUAGACACUGUUCUUAAACACAACACUCCACUAGAGCUUUGCUUGACCUCUAACCUCAUUGGUCAGACUGUCCCUAACCUUGACAACCAUCAGUUCAAGUUUUGGUAUGAGAAGAAACACCCCUGUAUCAUUUGUACAGAUGAUAAGGGGGUCUUUAGUACCUCCUUGUCAGAGGAGUAUCAACUGGCAGCUUCUACUUUUGACCUUAAACAAUGUGACUUAUGGAAUCUAUCAGAGCAAAGUAUAAACUAUGCUUUCUGUGAGGAGAAUGUCAAAGAAAAACUGAGAGAUAAAUUUAAAGUAUACAAAUCUAAGAUUGAGGAGCAGUUUAAUAUAAAACUGUGACAAGUAAGGUCUGCAAUCUGAUAGUCCUUUCAGGAUAUUUGUUCAGACUGAAGACCUAGACUUUAUUUUUAGAAUCUUGUAUUAUUGAUUCAUAUUUCAAAGAAUCAAGUUGAAUCUGAUAUAUUAUGUCAAUUUUGGUUUGUUUUUUUUCUGGAAUAUCCAUCGUAUAUAAUAUAUCACACUCAGCAGAGCUUAUGACAUCCCACAAAGAAAUUAUUGAUACAGAAUCAAAAAGAGAUUCUAUGACUCUAUAGACUUUAUGUGGAUAUAUUGGCAAGAUUGCAGCACAAAAUCUAGUGUUUGGAUUGAUGAUGUCUAUGGAUUAAUGUUGGUUUUAUGCCGUUGAUGGAUUGAUGAUUUCUAUGGAAGAUACCGUGGUAAAAUUGUCAUUAUUAAUAAACAGAUAAA